CAGUAAAUUGAUUAGUUUCAAUUGUUGUAACUAUAGGAAGCUAUUAGUAGCGUAUGAGUGUGCGGUGGUUGUACAUUGGCAUUUAAAUAAUCAACUUGUACGGCAGUGACAGUGAAUUUGUUGGCAGUUCAUUUUGACAAUCGCUUCGUGAAAGUAGUGUGAAUUUCGCAGCUGUUUGUUUAUUUACAAUAAAAAAAUUGAAUUGUGUUAAAUUCCUCUUUAAACAUUAAUUAUCUUAUCAACCAAAGUAUUUACUUGUUAAAUACAAAAUUAAGUUUUAAAGUAUGUCGACGACAAAGUUUGUAAAUGAAUUUUGUGAAAUUAUCGAAACUUACGGCGGUCGAGAUAAGGUGAUGAAGGCACUAUGCUACAGCGCCAAACUCAUUGCCGGCUAUCAUGCCAGUCGCAAUCCGGAGUUAGCCAAACGCUAUGCCAUUACCAGCUCACGUAUUUCAGGUGCACGCGCCACACUCCGCCUCAUCGAUGACAUACCCAUGAUACAGUACGCCUUGGAGUAUGGUUUGGGCGAACAGGAACAAGAUCGUCUAAUGGCGGUGCUGGGCGUUACAGCGAAUAUUGUCGAUUUACUUUACUAUCCCAUAGAAAAAAUUUGUUGGCUGUCGGAACACAACAUUUUGGAUGUGAAAAACGCCGAUGCUUGGGAUGUGCUUAACUCAACGUUUUGGGUACUUUCCGUCUACCUGAAUUUGAUGAGAACCAUGCGCAAUUACUCGCUGAAUCAACAAAAGGUGGACGCGGCGAAUGUUGCUAACUCCCGUGUGGAUGAAAAAGUACUCAAAAAGCAUCGCCUGGAAUUGCUCUCCGUUCUACGACUCUCACUCGAUUUCACCCAUGCGGUCAGCACACUGCCCAAAGGCUAUCUUUGGGGCGGCAAGCUGUCUACAUUCCAAGUGGGCGCCAUCGGUACACUCUCAGCGGCUAUUGGCAUUUAUCAGCUAUUUGCCAAACGACGGUUAACUAAAUAAGUCAAGGCAGAGUUCCUAAAGGCAUACGUACACACAUGCCUACAUCCUUUGAAACAUAUCGCCUUAGCACCGCUAAUUUUUAUCUACGUUUUUGUUGAUUUUUAUAACCUCCAGUUUUACUUUAAUAAAUGUUUGUGUAUUUGUGAUUUGAAAGCCGCCCAAAGCAUAAAAGAAAUGCCUAAUGCCUAAUGCUUAAAGUAUGUAUGUAAUAUUUAUGUGAAAUCAAUGUAACUCAAGGCAAUCAAAGACAGCGCAAUAUUAUUGGCCUUCUUGAUCUUGUUUAAUGAUCGUGCAAUAGUUUUUCACUAUAUAAUGUUUAGUAUAAGAAGACAAAAUAUAUAUUAUAUGAUAAUAUAUUUGCGUAUAUAUUUAGUGAUACGAAUAAAUAAUACAUAUUUGCAUAAAAGAGAGAGAGAGAGGAAAAAAUUGAAAAAAAAAAUUUAAAAUUAUUUCUAUAAUAAUUUGUUAAAUUUAUCAUUUAACAAGAUGAACUUUAAGUUUGAAAAGCUCUAUGUUAUAUAUGAGGCAUUGCAUUGUUAAAACCAGACCAGACAUUUUUCAAGACGUUUUUUGGAAGAUUUAAUAAGCUAAUGUCCAUCUAGUUCCAGUUCCCAUCGAAAAUGACAAACCAGAUCUCGUUUGGAGACUUCGCAUGUGGACAACUUAGAUUUGUUAACGGUUCUACAGAAUGUGAAAUGGGUUAACUUGGUCAUUAAAACUCCUACAAUUGAUUGGAAAACUACUAAAUCGGAAUUUUGUAGAUUUCAAAGUCUAGUUUGUCGAAUAAGAAGACGAAGGAAUAUUGAAUAUAUUUGGUGUAUCGGCAUAAAGAUUGUUGAAUUAUACAUAAUACAGAGUGUGGAUAGGUCUCGAUUAUUAGACCUAAUCAUUGAAUCCGUUUCGAUCGAGAAAUUUUACGUUGAAAUCAUUGAAACAGUAUCGUAAAUAAAAUUUUCGACCUAAGUGAACUCACUUACCGAUUUGAUAAAAUAUAUUUCGCGGCUAAUAGAUGUCGCUAUCACGAAUUCAUUAAAUACCUAAAAUCGAAAAUUUUGAUCGUAAUCUAUCCGGAAAUCCGAAAUGAACUAUUUAGAAGUUUUUAUGUAAACAAUUAGUGAAGACGGAAUAAAUUAUAUAUUAAAUGGGUAUUUUAGAGACAAAAAAAUAAAUUUGAGGUGUAUAAAAGUGAUAUAAAAAGUUAAGUCUUCUCUCAACGAACAAGAAUCCAACUCUACAAGUCCCUCAACAUUCCCGUCCUACUUUAUGGUGCAGAAGCGUGGGCGAUGUCAACAUUCGAUGAGACGGCACUAAGAGUUUUCGAGAGAAAGGUUUUGCGGAAGAUAUACGGUCCCUUAAACAUUGGCAACGGCGAAUACCGCAGACGAUGGAAUGUUGAGCUAUAUGUGUUAUUCGACGACAUUGACAUAGUUCAGCGAAUAAAAAGACAGCCGGCUCGCUGGCUAGGUCAUGUUGUUCGAUCGUUCGAAGAAAGUGUUCCAGCUCUGAAAGUGUUCGAUGCAGUACCCGCUGGUGGAAGCCGAGGAAGAGGAAGACAUCCACUCCGUUGGAAGGAACAGUGAAGAAAGACCUGGCUUCAGUUGGUAUUACCAAUUGACGCCAAACUGCCGAAAGGAAGAAUGAAUGGCGCGCUGUUGGGGACUCGGCUAAAACCGCGUGAGCGGUGUCUACGUAAGUGUAAGAAGAAGAAGAUUUUCUCACACAGUUUUACGUUUUCACUUUGUGGAAAAGCAGUUUAUCGACGGAAUCAAUGAUAGCAUGACAAUUUUCGAUCGAAAAUUCUUAUCGUAUCAAAAACAUAUUCGAAAUUUGGUCUAUUCGAAUAUAUCAUGUAAUAAAAAUGGUUCUGAUACUUUCAUCAUCGUCAUACGAAGUGAGCUUCAGUUUAGAAUCUGCAUGGUUGAUGAAAUAAACUGAAUUUACGUUGAGUUUAAGAGGGUCAUCCCAUGUGAUGGGCUCAACAUUUUUAAUCAUAAGUUGCUUUCUUAACAUGUCUAGAAUACGGUGGUAAUGUGAUAUUAAAAAAAUCGAAGUUGUUUUGAAGUUAUAGCAGUUAGAAAAAGAAAUUGUCCAAAGCGCUCAGUUCGGAGCUGGAAACUUUUAACGCAUUUUUCUCAAAACUAUGUUUUUCAAGGUUUUCUUUAUAUGUAGAGGAUCUUUUAAAAAGUCUCAACGUUCCUUAGAUCCCACAAACUCAAAUAAAUAAAAUUCACACAUGUUUUUUUUUUUUUUGUUUUUCUUGUUUGGUUGUGAAUCCUUUAUUGGUAUACAUGCUCGUACAUUUCAAUUUCAAACUUAUAAUACAGGCGCAUAUGUAUAUUGUCAUACUCAAUUAAUUAUUAUAUCAUAUAUAUUUAUUUCAUAUAUGUAUAUGCAUGUAUAUAUGUAUGUAUGUAUAUUAGUUGUCUAUUUGCUUGCUUUGCCAUAGUGUUAUGCACUGUUUGUUGAUUACAAUUUUGCAAUAUUAAAUUUUCAAAUAACUGCAAUAAUUUACUUUAGAAUAUGUUAUGCUUUAAAUAUUUUUAUGCACUUGUUCUGUGAGAUUUGUGUUGCCGUGUCGGUGUGUGCUGCAGGUCUAUUGCUUUCGUUUUAAUUUCGCUACAUUUGUUUUUUGAUUUAAUGUUGCGUUGCUAUUGUUUGCUGUAAGCGGCUGAUUUAUUUGGUUGUCAGUUACUUUUUGAAAGUUUUUUUUUGAUUUAUUGCAUGUAUGUAUGUAUGUGAGGCUGUAAGUUCAUUUUAGCUCAGUGAUCGUACGCUUGCAAUACAUACAUAUAUUCUGUUUGGUUUGCGUAUAUUUGUAUAUAAUUAGCUAUUGUUGUUUAUAAUACUAUUACUUUCAACUAAGUUUUAAUUAUUUUCGUUAAAAUUGCCAUAAAUAUUGUA